AUGGAAAGAUCUCCGUUGGGACAGCUGGGAAAGCUGCCCUACGAAAUCCGACUGGAGAUCUACGAGAAACUGUUCACGAUAAAGAAAUCACCUUUGAAGAUCCUUCGCUGCUCGCGAGCAAUCUCCGGGGAAAUAACCGAUCGCCUCUAUGACACCCUCGACAUACAUCUAACUCCAGUGUUCAACGACCCCUGGGUCGAGAUUCACUGCAAACGGCUGCGAUUGCGCUGGACCAUACCCAAUCAUUCGUACUUUGUCCAAUACCGAUUCUCACGGGCCCCAUACUACAAGAUGAACUUGGUGGUUCAUAUUUACGCACCCGACCCACGAGACCCAGGCCAAAUAGCCCUGCUCUGGCAAAAGGCCCAACACUUGGUGGAAACACUUGAGGACGCCACUAUUGCCUCCAUAGUUAUCCGCCUGCGAAAGCAUAAGAGUCACGACUGGCAAGAGGAAGGUCAUGUGGUGGAGAGUAUCCCUUAUCCAAACAACUCUCGUCCUGAUUACCACAUCGUUUUCCUACCCUUCUGUCGCUUAUCCAAUGUUGGAUCCUUCCGGGUGUUUCCAGAUACUCGCCGCAUGGACCGUGUCGCCGACUGGGGUCUGAUAAACUACGGUCGGGACUUUAUCCUGAACAAUGGUUACCAGGACUAUAACGAUGGCCCUCUCAGUCAGGACCGACAGUACCGGGAUAUUGUCCGAGAGUUUGAUAAUAUCGACGCCCUGAUUCGAGAUACCAACUUUUUUCUGGAAACACGUCUGGACACUCUGCAUGGCCAUACAGCAGCAAUGCUUCGCCUUGAUCGAAUCGCCCAUUGGCCCCUGGGAGCACGCAUCGACAAUCAUAGGAUCAUGCGUAGCUUGCUGGAUAUUCGGCAGCACCCAGGCUUAGUGAAACUUCACGAUCCCGGGCUGAAGAGUCAUAGCCGCCUCCUGAUCCACCUCCAGAUCCCUGUGAAGUGUACCGUAUCCAUCUCCCGCGUCGUCCCCGUCACCACCGAGGCCGGUACCUCCUUUAGCACCGUCUCCCCCUUCUGCUCGGGAACAAAUGUGUAUCUUUCCAGACGUGCCGUCGUUUCCUCAGGAUUCGUCUCGUUGUCCGAAUACACCAGUCGCACGGCCUUCAACCUUUUCUAUUAG